AUGGACAAGUAUCCAACCAUUCAUGUAUCAUUGGGUUUUGGGCGAAAGAAGCGCCAUUCUUAUGUUAAACGUAUUCGUACUAAUAGACAACAACGACAAAAACAACAUGAACCUAGUAUAAUUCAUGCAUCAUCUCGAGUUAGUCCAUUAGAUACAUCAAUGAAAACGCCUACAAAUCUAUUGAUGACAAGUUCAUCAGGUUCUGCGUACAAUCGACUUCAUUCUCCAUACUUUAUUUCGCGUGACAUAAAUACAAAUACACUUUACAUCGCUGAUUACAACAAUAAUCGUGUCAUGAGUUAUGCAUCGGGUGCAUCUAAUGGUACUUUGGUCAUCGGAGGACAAGGAUCAGGGACAAACCGUACACAACUGUAUUAUCCUGUUGGAAUUCAUUUUGAUUCAGUAUCGAACAGUCUUUUGAUUGCUAAUUAUGGUGGUCAGCAUAUUGUUCGCUGUACAUUAGACUAUAGUAAUUGGACUUUGGUUGCAGGGACCCCUGGAAUGGUUGGCAGUUCAUCAACACUUCUCAGUUAUCCUACAGGCGUUACACUCGAUCCGAUGGCUGGUCAAACAAAUGGAACAACAAUUGCUGGUAUUACUGGCCUCAGUGGUUCCAAUUCCACUCAACUCUAUGCUCCUUAUUCUAUAAGACUCGAUAAUCAACUCAAUUUAUUGGUAGCGGACGCGAUGAAUCAUCGAGUACAAAAAUUUUUACGAUAUUGA